AUGGCUUCCUCCCUGCUCCUCCUUUUCCUAUCUUCUCUUUCUCUCCUCCACCAACCGACGCCCCUCUCCGCUGCCAGCCUCCACUCAACAACCUCCCUUUUCAGAUCACAACUUAUUUCUGAGCCCACCUCAAUUUUAAACCAGAGCACUACUCCCACCACUUUCUUUGAAGUCACCAAACCCAUAAAUCUUCCCAAGACUAAACCUUGUUCAUAUUUAGUCCUUAAACAUGACUUUGGCUACACAUAUGGGAAACCCCCAGUUCUUGUUGAUUACACUCCCCCAUUGGAUUGCCCAUCUCAGAAAUUUGCAAAAAUUGUUCUUGAAUGGACAGCAACAUGUAAAGGCAGGCAAUUUGAUAGAAUAUUUGGGAUCUGGCUUGGUGGGGUGGAGAUUCUUAGGAGCUGCACUGCUGAACCAAGAGCAACUGGUAUCAUUUGGACUGUUAAAAAGGAUAUCACUAAGUAUUAUUCUUUGCUCAUUACUAAUCAGACUCUUGCUAUUUAUAUGGGCAAUCUUGUUGACAAAACUUAUACUGGUGUGUACCAUGUUAAUGUUACUCUUCAUUUUUACCCUGCUGAAGAAAAAUAUGGUAAAUUUGAGGUUAAUUACGGUGAAUUAGAUUAUGGAUCUGGUUCUGGGGCUGAUUUAAUAUUGCCCAUUUCAAGAAACUUGCCUUUGAAUGAUGGGUUGUGGUUUGAGAUUGAGAAUUCCACAGAUGUAGAGUCGAAAGAAUUCAAGAUUCCACCUAAUGUAUAUAGGGCUGUGCUAGAGGUCUAUGUUUCAUUUCAUGAGAAUGACGAGUUUUGGUAUGGGAAUUAUCCGAACGAGUACAUUGAGGUGAAUAACCUUACUGGAGUACCGGGGAAUGGACCUUUUAGGGAAGUUGUCGUAAGUUUGGAUGAUAAGGUAGUUGGUGCAGUUUGGCCUUUUACAGUGAUUUACACCGGAGGCGUUAAUCCCCUAUUGUGGAGACCAAUCACUGGAAUUGGUUCGUUCGAUCUCCCUUCUUACGAUAUCGAGAUUACUCCAUUGUUAGCAAAGAUUUUGGAUGGAAAGGUCCAUACUUUUGGGUUUAGCGUUACAAAUGCUCUAAACGUUUGGUAUAUUGAUGCAAAUUUACAUCUUUGGCUUGAUAAGAAGAAUCAGAUGACGGAAGGCAAAGUUUUAAAUUACAAUAUGGGGCUUCUGAAGGUAUCUCUUUUGUCGAAUUUCACUGGUUUUGAUGGAUCAUUUAUUACAAAUGUUGGUAGGUCGUUGACAUAUAGCGGAUGGGUGAAUUCAUCUCAUGGAAAGAUCUUGACGAAAUCUUUCCAAGGAUUCAGCUAUAGUAAUGUUAUGGUGAUGGGGAACAACGGGAAUUUGCAGAUCAUUAAUCAGACAAUACAUUUCAAUAGCACCGUUGAUGCCAAGAAACCAUCAUCGUCCGUCCACUCUCUCAGAUCAUUCAAAACAUUUGACUUUUAUGAUUAUUCUAACACUGUCGAUAAAGGAAAUGAUACCUAUGCUUCUCUAGCUAAUCUAACAUUGGGCUUCAAGGAGAAGAAGGAAAAGAAUUCCGAUCUUGGAUUCUUUACGAGUACUCUAAAUAAUAUACAAAAUGCCCAGGGUUAUAUGCUUGUUAAAGGCAACUUAGUGGUCAGUGGAUUGGGCAGCACCCAACAAGAAUACCGAUAUAAUGACAAUAAGUUCUGCUAUUUUAGAAGUGUAAGCAGCUCAAAUUACACCAUUCUGCAUGACAAAGAAAGCAAUACUUGCAGCAAAAAACAGGGGCUUGGCCCAAGGCGCCCUGUUACUACUCAAACGACCUUUCUGGCACCAAAAUUUCAUGGUAAAUACAAAGGAGUCUGA